AUGGCGGCCCAAGACACUCCACGCAUGCUCUGGAAGCAUUCGGAUCCAGAGUCCACCUACAUGGGACGCUUCCGAAGGGCUCUCGAGCAGCACGUUGGGAAACAGUUCAAGGGAUACCAUGAUCUAUACGAUUUCUCCAUCACACAGCCAGUGACCUUUUGGGAUUUCUGCUGGAAGAACUUCAAUCUCCUUCACGAGGGAAGUUAUACCACCGUGGUGAAUCAAUCGGCCCGAAUGGACAGCAUCCCCCACUGGUUCACCGGCGUCCGGCUGAACUUUGCCGAGAACCUAUUAUUCUCAGCCAGCCCCAACGGCCCCUGCACACGAGGGAAGGAAGAUGCGAAGAUUGCUGUGGUUGAGCUCCGAACCCGCACCGGACGGUUGCUCCAGGCCAUGAAGGCCAACGGGGUGCGGAAGGGCGAUCGCAUCGCCGUCUGUGCGAGUAAUAGCAUUGACACGCUGCUCGUGUUCCUCGCUUCGACGGCGCUGGGAACCCUGUUCUCUUCCAGCUCGACGGACAUGGGCGUCAAGGGGAUCCUGGACCGGCUGGUCCAAAUCAAGCCUCGGUUCUUGUUCAUGGACGACCAGGCCGUGUAUAAUGGCAAGACGAUCGACCUGCGAUCGAAGAUGGGGGCGGUCGUGGACGGAAUGCGUUCUGUGCAGGAAUUCCGUGGCGUGGUCUCCCAGCCGCGCUUUGCUUCCCGGCCAUUGCAGAUCAGCCAGAUACCCCAGGCGCAGCUGCUGGGUGAUUUCUUAGCCAAAUCCACCGAUGACCGGCUGGAGUUUACACGCAUGCCCUUCUGCGAUCCCUUUUUGAUCGUAUACUCAUCGGGCACCACCGGUCAGCCCAAGUGCAUUGCGCAUUCAGUCGGCGGGGUGCUCGUCAAUGCGUAUAAGGAAGGGCACUUGCAUUCAGAGCUGGAUGAGUCCAGUACGGUGCUGCAGUACACCACCACCGGCUGGAUUAUGUAUCUCUCUGCUAUUCAAAGCCUUUUGUUCGGGUCCCGGGUUGUACUUUAUGAUGGCAGUCCGUUUAUGCCGCGGCUUGAAUCGUUGAUUCGGCUUGCAGAGCAACAGCGGGUAACUCAUUUCGGCACAUCCCCACGCUACAUGUAUGAGCUUCAACGCGCAAACAUUUCCCCGCGACAGAUCGCCGACUUGAGUUCGUUAAAAGUGGUGACCAGCACGGGGAUGGUGCUCCCCGACGCUCUGUUCGAGUGGUUCUACGACCAGGGCUUCCCACCCCACGUGCGUUUGAAUAACAUCUCCGGAGGAACCGAUCUGGCCGGGUGCUUUGGAGUGGGCAACUCCCUCCUCCCCGUUCACGUGGGUGGCUGCGCGGGAAUGAGUCUCGGGAUUCCGGUGGAUGUCUACGAUGCCAGUAUCGAAGGCGCCGGCGCAAAGGGAAGGUCUGUGGCGAUCGGGAACGCCGGGGAGCUGGUAGCCACCGCUCCUUUCCCUAACAUGCCUGCUUGUUUCUGGGGUCCAGAUGGGCCGAAACGGUAUCAUGAUGCCUAUUUUGCUCGAUUUGACAAUGUCUGGACGCACGGGGACUUUGUUUCCAUCCACCCCGUCACCCGCCAACUAUUCUUCCACGGUCGAGCAGACGGUGUCCUGAACCCAUCCGGGGUGCGCUUCGGAUCGUCGGAGAUCUACCAGGUCCUAGACGCCGAAUUCCCUAAUGAGAUCACGGACUCGAUCUGUGUCGGUCAGCGACGACCCCAAGACACAGAUGAGCGGGUGAUGCUAUUCCUCUUAUUGAAGGCCGGGGUCAAUUUCACCCCGGGAUUAGUUGCCCGGGUGAAGGGCGCCAUUCGCCAGAAACUGAGCAGCCGGCAUGUUCCGAGCUUUAUCUUUGAGACGGCUGAAAUUCCGGUCACCGUCAAUGGAAAGAAGGUGGAACUCCCCGUCAAACAGAUCGUCUCAGGGAAGCGGAUCAAGCCGUCCGGCACGCUUCUCAAUCCGGGGUGUCUGGAGUAUUAUUAUCGGUUCGCUGAGGAUAAGCGGUUGGUUACCGCGGGGGAAAGUAAGCUCUGA